ACGGAAUCUUGACCAAAACACUGUAACGCCUUUUCCACGCCCACUUGGAAGACAUUCGCCGAAGCAUCGCUAUGGUGACGAGAGUGUUUGGUUUACUGAUAAUGGAAUAGUUUUAUAUGUAUUGUUUAGUUAAUGGUCUGUCGAUAAAUUAACAGCCCUGCUAUUCACGGAGAUGUGAUGGAAGUGACAUACUCUGCCUCAGAGACGUUUAUAGACAGCCAUAGAAAGAGGUCCCCUCUUCCCCUGUGCCAGCUGGUGGAGGACAGAAAGAGAAGUCUGACCCAUGUCCCUCAUCAUCUACUAGAGACCCAAAUAUUUUCCAAACUCAAGAGCAACAAUGAAAUCCAAGCGGAACCCUCAGCACUUCACUUCAGUGGGUUUAAACUGGGAGAGAGUUAUGAAAAAAGCUUGAAGCUUAUUAACAAAUCGUCUGAAGUGAUCAACGUUCACAUAAUUCCCACCCAAACAAAGCACUUCCAAACCAAAUAUUUAAAAAAGCAUCGUCUUGUCCCAGGACUUUCCUACACAGUGAAAGUACACUUCUGCCCUGACGAUUGGCGCUAUUUCUACGACUGUAUUCGGAUUCAUUGCAAGGAGGAAGAGAACUUACUGGUUCCAGUCCAUGCCUAUCCCAUCAUUGAUGACUUGCACCUUCCAACACACAUCACCUUGCCAGCGGUCCCCGUGGGCCGGAGUGUCAGCCAUGUGAUCCCCCUGAGCUGCAGUUGUCCUAUUGACUUUGAGUUCCAGGUGCACAUCAUCCAGUCUGACAGAGCCUUUUUGGUCCAUCCUCUCUCAGGUGUGAUUCCAGCCGAUGGAAAAGUGGACGUUACGGUUACGUUCAGGCCGUUCCGGUAUGGCACAUCCCAAGUCACCCUGCAGGUGGUCGUCUCCCAGUUCAACUCCAAACCCGGCAUCUGUACCGUCACGGGGUCCUCCGCACCCCGUCUGGCCAUCAGGCAGCAGGAGAAAGAUAUGGGACAUACAAAAGACAUUUCGAAUGGUGACGGUGGAGGGCCUCCACCUGCCUCAUUGAUACAGCCUAUGACCAAAUCCAAGAAGAGGUCGAUACGGACCACCGAAAAGUCAAAGACUGUUAGGGAGAAAAGAGAGGCUGAUGUGAAGCCUGCAUUUGAUGUUUUGUCCCCUGCUGGAGUGGCCAAGAUGCUGAUACUACAGACUAAUAAACUGAGCUCUACAGACCUGCGUGAAGCCAUGACAUCCCAGAGCGACCUGGGCCUCCAGACGAGACAAAUGAAGGAGGCUUUAUUUGAGGCCCAGGUUCAACAGGACAUCAAGGAGGAAAGAGCCAAUCGUCUCAGAUGGCAAGUUCACCUCGGGAGGGACCCUGUCUUGGCAAAGACUAAGAUGUCGAUUUUGGAGGACAGAGAUAUUGCCGAUUAUGAGUAUAAGGUUAGAAAAGGAGAGGUGCGAACAGAGGGGGACUUCGCUGGAGGCCAACCCAAGCUCUCCACCAGACGGGUUCUGCGUGACGCAGGCCAGGCACUGGCUGGCGCGCCUGUCUUUCGCACGUACUCCUGCAGUGAUCUCGAGGUCAGGCGUCGAGCUCUUAGGCUCUUUCAGCAGGCAGCCCGCAAGGUGGUAAUUCGAUGUCGUAUGAACAACAGACUGGUUUGUCUGAGGCAGUUGACUCAUAGCAUGAAGCACCUGUCCAAAGAUAAAAGAGUGGAGAAAGAGACCCCUGACCUGCCGAAGAUCAACCCGGACAACGUGAUCCCUAUCACAUUUCCCAUAUUUUCUCUUUCUGACGGGCCAGAUGACCUGGCUCUCGGUGCGUUGGGUCCUGUCCCUGUUAGCCCUACAGAGGUCCUGGUCAAACCGCACAUUCCAUUUUUCAACCUGAAGGUUCCCCAGCACUACAAGCUAAUGGGGUACCAGCCUGUUUCGGCCUUUGAGGCUGCAGCCAACUACAUUCCCCCCAGCCAGCCCAUGACCCUACGCAGUGGGGCACAGGACGAGCUGCUGCCCGCGGUGACCCGCCCUCCCUCGGGGUGUGCUCGGGCUGAGCCAGUGGCCGCGGAGGAUGUCGAGCGGGUGGAAGAGUGUCCCAGUCUGAGUUUCACCGCCCCAGCUGGCCUGCUGAAUCCCCCUGAUGCACACCCCCUCAGGAUCUUCAACCCGGCUCCCGGUCUCCAUGCCUUCAAACCGGACCCCCUUUACCUGGAGUGUGACCUGGAGUUCCACCUUUGUCCGCUCCCCCGGUACUCGAUCCCGAAGCCUUCUGUGGCGGCCGUGCACACGCCCGGCACUCAGAAGAGGUUCCUGGAUCGGGCGGAUGUGAUCCGAGGUGUGAUGACCUGGAAGAAGUUCCCAUCGGCUGCGCUGGCCACUCUGUCAGGCGCUCAACCACUCACCAGCAGCUGCGUCCCGCGCAUGUCUGACCCCUUCAGCAGGGACAUUCUACCCACAGUGGCUCCCUCGGCUCUUAGUGGCCUUCCAGAGGACAUGACAGAGGAGCUAGGGGAUGGACAACUCACCAGGGCUGAAAGCGUGGGAGUUUCUCUCACACCUGAGAUGGUCCGAGCGGAGUUCUCCCUGUCAGAUUAUGUGCCUUCAACUCCCGGACAGCAUAAAGAGGACAGCUCUAAGGAUGACAGCAGUGAUUUUGACGCCUGCAGGCGAUGGAGGGAGCCACAGCUGUGUUUGAAGUCUCUGACCGGUACACUUGGUUCCAAGGUGAUGGCCCGGCUCAACCACCUGAAGAUCGCCGGCGAGGCCAGCGCUGCUGCACCAGAGAACAAGUAGCGCUGACCUGGGUACUGGGAUACUGGAAACACUUAGUCAGCUGACGUGGCUGACCUCUACACCUCCUCCUCUCGUUGGGAGACGCCCCUAUCUCCAUGCUCCUUCGGUUGUCCUUCCAUUGCGAUUUUAGCAUUUUGUCGCUGUCCUCUGAUUUCCUGUGGAUUGUGAGAAGGUGCCUGCUUUUGGACCCUCCAACCAUCUCCUUAAUGUCCUUCCGAAGCUCAGCACCUAUUAGCUGUUCACAGGCUUUUCGGCAUCUGUUAUGUAGUCUCUACGUGUUUGCACUAGCUACAAGAGGUCUUCCAAGACUUGAGGCUCCCCAGGAAAACGGUCCUCAGGUCUGAAAGACUAUACCACCCGGUCCACAACGGACCUAAGAUUAGUACCACGCUGUGCAUGUGGCCAUAUGCUUUUGGAUCUUUAAGCAAAACUGAUUAGCGCCCCUAAUGGUGCCGAUCUGAGUUAUUAAUUUACGCCCAAUCAGAAGAGGUAAUUGCAUUUCUGAAAAACAGUGACCAAGACACGUUUAACACAAGUAGACAGGUGAGCGCAAAGCGAACGAGAAGAUUGCUUAUGAAGCUGCUUGAAAGAAUGCCCCAAGUGUGCUAAAGUUGUCAACAAUGCAAAGGCUGGCUAAUUUGAAGAAUCCAUAAUAUGAAAUGUAUUUUGAUCUCUUUGACACUUUUUUUGGUUACUACAAGAUAUUGUAUGUGUUAUGUCAUAGUUUCGAUGUCUUCACUAUUUUUCUACAAUGUGGAAAGUAGUAAAACUAAAGAAAUCCA